CAAGGGCAGGCAGAGCUGAGCUGAGCUGAGCUGAGCUGCAUCCAGUCUUGGCACUGCCCCUUGGGGAGUCAUGGGGCCAUGUGGGCACCAGUCCCUUCUGCUGCUCCUGGCCCUCUGUGCCACAGGGGCCUUCGUCAGUGCCACAGUGCUGUCCGGCCUGCCCACCACGGUGAGUGUAAUGGACAGCGCGGGACCGGGCACGAUCAUCGUGGAGUUCAACCUGACCUGCCAGAAUGAGACCAGCAUCCUCACCCCUGUCCUCACCCUGCAGAGCACCCCCCCGACCUACUUCUUUAACCAACCCAUCGUUGCCCACCAUGCUAGCCCAACUGCCCACUACAGCGUGCAGAUCACGCUGAGCCCCAGUGCAGCGCUGGACGCUUGGCAAGUCAAUCAGUACACACUGAACCUGGAGGCCACCUGCCCAGGGGAGACGCCUGCCAACAGCCAGCUCUUCGUCCAGGUCCACAUAGUGGAUGGGCCCCCGCAGUGCAUGGCCAGGUUUGCUAGCCAAGUGGGGGAGCUGGUGCAAGUCUCAGAGGACGUGGCGCCCCUGAUGCCCAUCUACACCGUGGUCUUGCGGCGGCCGGCUAGCGGGCUGAGGUUCACCAUCAAAAACAAUGACACACCCCUCACCAUCGACCGCACCGGGCAGGUGCUAGCACCAGGAUCAGGCUUCAUCCCAGCCCAUGCCGGACAGGCAUUCAGGCUGCAGAUCCUGGUUACCGACAGGAGCGGGAGAAACUGCAGUGGGGCCGUGACAGUGAGGGUGCUGCCCAUCCACCACCACCGCAUCAACUUCACGGCUGCGUGCCGCAGUGUGGCCGUGCUGGAGAAGAGAGGCGCCAUGCAGCUUGUCACGCAGGUACAGGCCCAGGGGGACAACGUGCGCUACGAGAUCAUCACCCCGGCUGCCCACGGGCUCUACACCAUUGAUACAGUGACUGGCGAGCUCCGCAACACCUACGAACUGGACCUGCAGCGCUCCCCAGAAGUGGCGCACACCCAGUUGCUGGUGCGGGCCUAUGACAUGCUGCACCCCAGUGACAGCGACACCAUGGGCCUCAACAUCACUGUGCUGCCCACCAACACAGUGGCACCCCGCUGCUCCCCUGCUGUCUUGCUGGCUCAAGUACCUGAGGACACCCCCAUCGGCUGGACUCUCGCGAUGCUGACGUGCACGGACCCAGAUGCCAGCAACAGCUCCCUGCGCUACCAGGUGGAGGGCGACCAGCGCUCACGCUACAGCUUCCGCUUGCAGGGCCCACAGCUGCAGGUCAACGAGACCUUGGACUAUGACUCUGCUGCCAGUGCCCGCUUCCAGUAUGUGGCCACUAUCCUGGUGACGGACAACGGGCAGCCCCCCCUGAGCACCCAUGUGCCCGUGCUGGUGACGGUGACUCCAAAGAACGAGCACUCACCUGUGUGCCCAGCCAGUGCCAUGUUCAGUGUGCCAGAGGAUGCUGCCUUCGGCGACACAGUGGGCCGGGUGAAUGGCACGGACCUUGACUACCCCUUCAACAACAUUGAGUACAGCAUUGCUGGGGGCGCCGGCGCCAGCCCGCCCGCCUUCUACAUUGGCCCCCGGACCGGUGAAAUUCACGUGCUUGGUCCCCUGGACUAUGAGAGCAAGCAGGUCUAUAUCUUGACCGUGCAGCUGCGGGACGUGGCCAAUGAUGCAGACCCACAUCACCAGCGCAGUGCACUAUGUGAUAUCACCAUCCAAGUGCAGGACACCAACGACCAGCCCCCGUUCUGCAUGCCCCCCUUCCAGGAGUUCUUCAUCUACUCAACCCGGGACCCCAGCCUGCCCCUUGUGCAGUUGCAGUGCUCCGACAAGGAUGAGAGCACCAUGCUGCCCCUGACCUACACCCUUGUGGGAGACAACACCAAUGGGCGCUUCCGGCUGGCGGGCAGCACCCUGCUGCACUCCGCCUUCUCCAACCCACCCGACAGCAUCCACGAGCCCCGUACCUUCGAGCUGCUGGUGGAGGUGACGGACAGCUUCAGCGCGCCACGCCACAGCACCACAGCCACGCUGGUUGUGCAUGUGACACCCUGGGCCACUGCCACGCCCAGCACCACCACCACGCACAUGACCCUGCGGAAGGAGCCACUAGUCGUCAUCCACACCAAGCAGUUCUGGGCACCCUUGCCCUGGUUUGUGGUGGUGCUGUCUGUCUCUGUGGCGCUGCUGCUGGUGGCGCUGGCAUGGCUGGCCUGGAAACUCCUGUGCAGGGCCUUGUCAGACCCACAUGUGGCAAAGAACAACGCAGCCCCGGGAGAGCUGGACAAGGAGACAGGCCGCGCCAGCAUCCUCAGCCUGCAGGAGCAGUUUGAUGGUCGCGCCCAGGACCCCAUUACAGGUCAGGAUUACCUCUUCAACAGCAGCACCGGAGCAUGCCGCUGGGUCUGAGCAGGCACUACCUCCCUUGGUCUGAGUGGACACAGCUCCCACACACACACACUUUCCCUCUGCACUGGGUUUGAGCGGGCACUGCCCGCCCCCUCAAGUCCACCCAGCACAUCCUCUGUGGACAGGCCAUCGCUGGGUCCCUAGAAUGGGCCAGGCUGUAACUUUCUACUCUAUGUGCUAACCAAAGACCAUCUGCAUGGGGUCCCAGACACCCAAUAAACUCUCCUGCUUGUACCCCGCUGGCUAAGUCACCACAGUGCCGGAGGUGCAGUGCUCCCUCUGGGGGUGUAGGUCUCCCUCAGUGCCCAUCACAGAACUGCUCGCUGCGGGGAGCUGACAGAAACGGGGGUUAGAGGCUCCAAGGGUCGGACCCAGGUGGUGGUGAAGCUGCGUGUCUUACCCUAGGCAGCAAGAACCUUAAGGGGCUGGCACACUGAGGGGUCCUGCCAGGACAGCUCCAGAGCCAGGAGGCAGGGUCCCACCCAACAGAAGCGAAGUUGUCCUGGGGAAAAGAGGCACCAAGUUAAGCGCAGGGUUUACUGCCAUUCAGGCCCAGCUAGAGGAGAGCAGAAGGUGUAAGGAGCCAGCUGUGCCCUGUGUUGUUCACUGCACCAAGCAGUGACUGGAAAAGGGGAAGAGCCAUGUGGGCGCCGCCAACACAAAGGACUGUGGCUCAGGCCAGAGGUGCGGAGAAUGGCGUGCAGGGGACGAAUCUGCUGAGGUGCCAGUUGGAUUUUAGCUUUAAAAUCUAACAAAAGGGCUUUGCCAACUGGCUCACAAUGCAUGGGACAGCAGCGCCUGGCACAAACCAGCCCCUGUGCACCCCUGAGCAAACCAAUAACUACUAGCCACCCCAACUGUCCUGAGCAAAACACUUGCCCCCCCAAACCUCCCUCCUGACUAUCCAGUGCCAAAUACCGUCCACCCUCCCCCCAAAUUGUCCUGAACCAAACACCAGCUGCUAACCCCCCCUUCUGACUGUCCUGAAAAAAACACCACCCGCCAACAUCACCUGACUGUUCUGAGCCAAACACUGACCACCACCCCUCCCCCAACUUUUCACCUAAGAUGCCUGCUGGAACUAACAAGGACUGUACCGGGGAAAGGA